UCCACUCUCAGCCGCUGAAACGUCAUUCCCUUCACAAGGCUGAGGACGAGCUCCAUCUUAGAUUUCUCAACACCAAAAGAUCAAUAUUGUGAUGAUAUACCAGUAACACAAGAUGGAUCUCGUCGGCCAACUUCGUGCUUCAAUAUUGGCACAAAACCUUCCUCAUCCCUCAACUGCCUUUCUCAAUUCACUUAUAACCACGCGCUCGCCUCCACCACCACUUCCUUCUCUUUUAGCCACUGCCAAGGCUCGAUUGCUAGCAGCGGAUUUGACUAGCAGUACAAUCAUAAGUACAAGUUCUCUUCAGAGUUUUCCUUCUGAUGCGGAAUCUACAGAAUCUCGUGAGAAGCGUGUCCCAAGACCUGUGCAUGUUCAAGUGCUCGAUAUCGAGAAUCUUGCCUCGAGUCGCUGGGAACAGGUUGAAGAGAUGCAGGCUGUGGCUAGGGGUGAGACUACUCGUGGAAGAGAAGUUGUUCGUGUUACAGCAGAAGACGAUGAUGAAGAUGGCGUUGAUGGUCAAACCCAGCGACCCUCAACUUCUCGGAAUACGGCUGGCCCAAAACCAGCGGGAAAGAAUGCGACGCAUAGACUUGUCCUGCAGGAUUGCAAAGGAACAAAACUCUUUGCCCUUGAACUAAGACGUUUUGACGGUAUAGGAGUAGGGAAGACUCAGAUUGGAGAGAAGAUCCUACUCAAGGCUGGGACGGUGAUUGCCAGAGGAAUGAUCUUAUUGGAGCCGGAUAAGUGUGUUAUGCUUGGUGGAAAGAUUGAGGCCUGGCAGAAAACAUGGGUCGAUGGAAGAUUGGCGAGGUUAAAGGAGGAAAUAAGACAGAAUGAAAGGCAGGCAUCGUAAGGAACACUAGUGGAUUUAGACGUGAUACCCCUUUUCAACAAUUUCGUACGUACGGUCAUCCUAUGCACAUACUUCUACUAAACACUAGGCUAUAUUUU